CAAAAAACCACCAAGAAAGAUGUGGAAUAAGGCAGAGAAGAGCAGUGCGAGCAAGAAUAAAGCAUUCCAGGAAAAGAUUAGCCUUCUUGACAAGGAACUUACCGAGCUUGAUAUUAUUCUUAAAUCCCAGGAAAAAGGUAUGAAGAAACAUGACGAAGCAUGUGAUAAAUAUAAGAAAGAAUGAAUGGAGAAGAUCCAAAUAAAUGAAAAGAAGAGGAUCGAACUCAAAGAGAUUAGCAACAAUGCUGAACGACUAGAUAACGAGACAGAGGUGCUGGACUUCAGUUUUAAAGAUCCCAGCCAACUUGCUGAUUUUGACCAGUCAGUUUUCUUCCCUGCACAUCUUGGACCUGAAGAAUCCCUUCAAAAGGAGAACGAUGAGCCUGAAGAGUUCAUAGUUCAUGAAAUCGGUGAUGAAGAUGAGAUGCCUCUGGGUGAAGACUUAGGAGAAGACUCAUUUUAUAACGAAGAGCAUAAAGAAAUCGAGUUCGAUGAUAUCCAAGACAUCUUUCAUAAAACUAAAGAGAAUCAAGAUGAACUUGGAGCUCCAGAUGUGUUCACCGAAACUGUGGUACAAAACGUUCUUGAGAAAUUCAACAAAACUAAGAAAAUUCCUGAAAUUAAUGGGUUUUUGAAGAAAAAGAGUGGAAAAGUAAAAAUCUGGCAGAAGAGAUACUUCACAUGCAGAGGGAAUGAACUCUUUUACUUAAAAUCUCCAAAAGAUAGUAUCUUAAGAGGAUGCAUUAACUUUGACGUCUGUGAUGUAACUCUUGUUGAGAAAAAGAACAAGAAGAUAUUCGGGAUCAAAAUGAAAGGUCUUAAAAGAGAAAUCCAGCUAAAAGCAGAAACUGAAGUCCAAGCCAGCUCAUGGAAAGCAAUUAUCCAGCAACAGAUCGACCAGAGUGAUGGCAAGAAAUUCUCUAAAGGAAUUCAGGUGAAGAAAUGGUGGAAAAUGCAAGAGUGCGACUUUAAUAUUUUUCUCAGCACUGCUAGCUCAGGAGAUCUGUUGAUAUAUUACAUGAGAGAUGAAAUGGUUCAGCCUGAUGAUCACCAAGAUGAUCUGUAUCACUAUGCUCUGAUAGUAAAGUCUGUACAGAGCCAAUUCCAAUUCAAUGUAUUUUUCUACGACUGAGUUCUUUGUGACUACAAGUUGUGCUCUUUUGAAGAAUUUUACCAAGAAAUAUGUGACAAAGGCUUUGACGAUUUAAUGUACAGAAAAGUCACUGCUUGAAGAGAUGAUGAAUAUUAUGAUCGUCAGAAAGAAUCCAACUUAACACUGCCAAGAAAGAAUCUACCCAACUCUUCAAAAGAAUGCAAAUGCAUGCUUACAUGGAAGGAAUAAAAUGCUAUUGCAUGGACAUGGUCGAGAACUACUAUAAAUGAAUGAAGAUAAUGCCUUUAAACGAUAUAUUUAAGGUCAAGAAUGAACUUACAA